CAUCCUUCGGUGCUCCGUUUCUGGCUUUCACUGCUCUCGGCUUCCCGGGCGCCAUCAGCCAUGGGUCCCUGGCUCUACUUGGGGCGCGCCGCCCUGUUGCUGGUGCUCUUGGGAGUGUGCACGGUGCGCUCCGAUACACCUGCCAACUGCACCUACCCUGACCUGCUGGGCACCUGGGUCUUCCAGGUGGGCCCCAGACGUCCCCGAAGCGACAUUAACUGCUCGGUGAUGGAACCAAGAGAAAAGAAUACAGAGGUCGUGGUACACCUUAAGAAGUUGGAUACGGCAUAUGAUGAAUUUGGCAAUUCUGGGCAUUUCACCCUCAUUUACAACCAAGGCUUUGAGAUCAUACUGAACGACUACAAAUGGUUUGCCUUUUUCAAGUAUGAAGUCAAAGGCAGCACCGCUAUCAGUUACUGCCAUGAGACCAUGACCGGAUGGGUGCAUGAUGUCCUGGGUCGGAACUGGGCUUGCUUUACUGGCAAGAAGAUGGCAAGUCCUUUGGAGAAGUUUAACGUGAACAUGGCAAACCUUGGAAGUGUCCAGGAAAAAUUCUCCAAUAGGCUCUACAGUUACGACCACAGCUUUGUGAAGGCCAUCAACACUGUUCAGAAGUCUUGGACCGCAACCACCUACAAGGAAUACGAGAAACUGAGCCUGAGAGAUCUGGUCAGGAGAAGUGGUGGCCACAAUCAAAGGAUCCCAAGGCCCAAACCUGCCCCAAUGACUGCUGAAAUACAGAAACAGAUCUUAAAUCUGCCAGAAUCUUGGGACUGGAGAGACGUAAAUGGUGUCAAUUUUGUUAGCCCCGUCCGUAACCAAGAAUCUUGUGGAAGCUGCUACUCAUUUGCCUCUAUGGGUAUGCUAGAAUCAAGAAUCCGUAUAUUAACCAACAAUACUCAGACCCCAAUCCUGAGUCCUCAAGAGGUUGUAUCUUGUAGCAAGUACGCCCAAGGUUGUGAUGGUGGGUUCCCGUACCUCAUUGCAGGAAAAUAUGCCCAAGAUUUUGGGGUGGUGGAAGAAAACUGCUUCCCUUACACAGCCACGGAUGCUCCCUGCCAACCGAAGGAGAACUGUCUUCGCUACUAUACUUCACAGUACUACUACGUGGGUGGUUUCUACGGUGGCUGUAAUGAAGCCCUGAUGAAGCUUGAGCUGGUCCAGCACGGACCCAUGGCGGUUGCCUUUGAAGUCCAUGACGAUUUCCUGCACUACCACAGUGGCGUCUACCACCACACCGGGCUCGGUGACCCUUUCAACCCCUUCGAGCUGACAAAUCACGCUGUUCUGCUCGUGGGCUAUGGAAGGGAUCCGGACACAGGCAUAGCCUACUGGAUUGUGAAGAACAGCUGGGGCACCCAAUGGGGAGAGAGAGGCUACUUCCGGAUCCGCAGAGGAACUGAUGAGUGUGCCAUUGAGAGUAUAGCCAUGGCGGCCGUGCCCAUUCCUAAACUGUAGGGCACAGUGUUCUGUACGGAUCCUCGUUACUUAUACAAUGAUUUCAUCACAGGCUUGAGACUCCUACAAGUUCAGAAGUGGGUUUCCAUGAAGAGUGUUGCCUUCAAAUUUAAAACUGCCUUUGAUUUUUUUUUCUUUUCAUAUUCUCUACCAACCACUGAACUACUUUUUAAAGUACUUAGUUAAGUAAGACUUUUGUGAGCAAUGGUUAAGUUGCCACAUAGUGAAUUUUGCUGGUCAUUUGCAAGGCAACCAGAUGUUUCGUGUAAAAAUCUAUGUAUAAGGUUUGUUUUUAAAUUACAAAAUUGUAUGAAAACACAGCGGAAAUUUUAAAGAUUUAAAAAUAAAUGUUCUUUCAGU